AUGACGGGCCGCCAGGUGGCGGUGCUGACGAGGCACAGCAGCUUCGUGAAGGGCGUCGUGUGGGACCCCAUUGGCCGGUUCCUGGGCAGCCAAUCAGACGACAAGAGCGUGAUCGUGUGGCGGGUGAAUGAUUGGUCGGUGGCGAAACGCGUGGAGGGACCCUAUCCGAAAUCGGUGAGUGCAGGGGACAGGAAGGUAGGAGCGACUUUCUUUCGCCGUCUCUCCUUCUCCCCCUGCGGCUCCUACCUCACUACAGUCGGAGCAACUUUCUUUCGCCGCCUCUCCUUCUCCCCCUGUGGCUCCUACCUCACUACAGUCCACGCCUUUGCCGACCCAAACCACACCGCGGCGAUCCUAGACCGCACGCUCGGGUGGGCCAAGACUCUGGACUACGUCGGGCAUACCGGACCUGUCACUGUGGCUCGGUACAGCCCCGUGCUUUACCGAACCUCGCUGGAAGGCGGGAAGCCUGGGAAGGGCGGUUCGGAGGGUGAGGAGGGGAGGAUGGGUGGUGCUAAAAGGGAAGGAGAGGAGGAGGAGGAAAAGACCGAUGGCACGGUAGCAGCCUUCCUCUUCGACCAAUCACUUGCCCUUUGCAUGACUGCCACCAUUUGCCGUCCUCUUCCCCCAUGCAGGUCCCCAUGCGGCAUGCACAUGCUCUGCUGCUCUGCAGACGGCACGGUAGCAGCCUUCCUGUUCGACCAAUCAGAGCUCGGCAUCCCUCUGACGCGCCGCGAGAUGGACGGCCGGAUCGCCAGCCUAUACGGCCACCGCCACGUGGCGGCGUCCCAUUCGCUCGUGGAGGACCCAGAGCUUCUGGCACUCCAGCAACAGGUAGAGAGAGAAGAGGCCGCCGCCGCUGCUGCUGCCGCCACGACUGCUGCAGCUGCUGCGGUGUUUGGGAAUCCAAAAGUAAGAGGAGGUGGGUUAGCUGUUGGUGCUGUUGGUGCUGCUGCAGUGGAGAUGAGUUCUGAGAGUGUGAGAAGACAGCAGGUGGUGCAAGAUAGAGAGACCAAGAGGCAAAAGCUGGGGAAGAGGCUGGGAGUAGAAGAAGCAGAUGGGGGAGGGCUCAACGUGGGUUGGAGGCUGGGAGAUGGGAUAGGUCCGGGGAGAAACGGUUUGGAUAGGCCUGGUUUGGGAGGAAGGGAGGAGGAAUCUGCCAGGUCAGCGACAGAGGGACGGGCCUCAGGAUUGGUGGUUAGAGUGGAAGGGAGGGGAGGGUAUGGGGUAGGGGGGAGUGGUUGGGGAGGAGGGGACGGUGGUGGGGGACGGGAGGGAGGAAGAGGGGGAGAGGGAGUGGGAGAGGAAGAGGGAGAAGGGAAGGUGGAGAGGGUGGUGUAUGGGAGUGUGAUUGCUGAUGCCAUGGCCUUGCAAAGGGCUACUGCUGGUGGGGGUGGUGGUGCUGCUGCUGCUGGUGGGGGUGGUGGUGGUGCUGCUGCUGCUGCUGGGGGUGGUGGUGGUGGUGCUGCUUCUGCUGCUGCGACUGAUCGGUUAUUGGGUGCUCGUGACCGGCUGUGGAACGGUGAAAGCAGGGUGGUGUUGGAAGCGAGAAUGCGAACAGACACAGGUAAGUGCAGAGUAAGUGACAGCAGGGUGGGGUUGGAAGCAAGAAUGCAAGCAGAGUCGGGUAAGUGCAGAGUAAGGAAGGGUGGGGCACAGGGUGGUGGUGGUGGUGGUGGCGGUGGUGGUGGUGGUGUUGACAGGCUGUGGAAUGGUGAAAGCAGGGUGGUCACUGUGGCGGGACUGACUCCCUUCCCCUGUCACUGUGGCGGGACUGACUCCCUUCCCCUGUCACUGCCAUUGCAGGCUGUGCUGUGCCGCCACUUCCUGCCUUCUCUGCUCCCUCUCUCUGCAUCCCUGCCAUUGCCAGCCGCUGAGCUCACCCUUUCCCUGCCUUCAUCCCGCCUACCACUCCCAACCCUCUCUUACCCACCAGACACUUCCCCCUCUGACCUGCUCUGUUCUCUCAACGGUCAUGUGCUGUGGCGAGACCGACUCCCUUCACCCGUCACUGCCAUUGCGGGCUGUCCCCAUUCCACCACUGCCUCCUCCCAUCAUGCCUCUACCCUCUCAUCUUCACCCGGAGCCUCCCUUUGGGCCGUGGCCUGUGCCAACCACUCUCUCCGGGUGAGCUCUCGUGCUUCCUCACCCUCUCUUUCCUUCUUCCCUGCAUCCUUCCCCCGUCACUGCCAUUGCGGGCUGUCCCCCUUCCAAUGCUGCCUCCUCCUCCCAUCCCUCAACCCUCCCAUCCUCGCCCGGAGGAGCCCUCUGGGCUGUGGCCUGUGCCAACCACUCUCUCCUGCACUCUCUUUUGAGGCGCCCCAAAAGCCUGUGCCAGCACUCUCUGCUGGUGAGGAUUCCUACCCUCUCUUUCUCUCUCGCUUUCUCUCUGCUUUCCUUGCCACUGCCAUCGCCAUCUUCUCGUCUGCUGGCCGUCGCCUGCUUCCCGAAAUCCUUCUCGGUUCCCCCGCCGUCCUUCUCUCCUGGUCCGCCGCCGAACCUGAACCUCCAUCUCCGUUCGGCGCCGAACCUCCGUCUCGGUUUGACGCUGAACCUCCGUCUUGGUCCGGCGCCGAGCCUAAGAACCAGGCCUGGUUCGGAGUGUCUAGAAACCAGCGGCUCGUGUUUAAGAGUCCGCUGGAACAGCUAUGGGAUCGGCAAGGGGAAGUGGGGAUUGGGACGUGGGGAGGGCGAGGGGAGGAGGGGAGUGGGGGGCGGGGAGGACGAGGGGAUGGGGGGAGUGGGGGGCGGGGAGGGCGAGGGGAGGGGGGGAGUGGGGGGCGGGGAGGACGAGGGGAUGGGGGGAUGGUGGGGCCGAUGCUGCUGGUGGUGAUGAGGGGAGGGGGAGUGCGCGUGUGGGACAUGGGGCGGCUGCAGCUGCUGGUGGAUGCUGAUAUGGGCGCACUGGGUGCAGAGGCAUCUGGAGGUGAGAAAUAA